CUGGUGACCCCGGAGUGAGGAGGCUCCUCUUCAGUCAGUCAGUCAGUGCAAAGUGUCGUCCAGCCUCCCCCUCUUUCCCUUCCCCGCCGUGGCUGCGGCUCCCUCCCUCCCCCCUUCUUCCUCCCUGACAAGCGGGAGUGGAGCGGCUGAGGCGAGGCGGCGGGGCUGGGCAGGGCCCUGAGGAGAGGCGGAAAGACGGACAGUGGUUGCAAGCCUGGUUCCUGCUCCUCAUGGUGCCAGGCUCAUGCUGCUUCAGAGGGAACGUGGAUGAAACACGGCUCAAGAGGCAACGAUGUAACAGAAUUCUGAAUACAGGAGGUGUGUUACGCUUGCACAUAAGGUUAUGUAUAAUGAAGAUGGGAAAUGUACCUUACAGAAAGUAACCUCUACCUAUAAGGUGACCAGAGAGACCUCAUGACCCUUCUCUAGGAGGUGGAUUCCGCUAGGAUGUUACAUCACCACUGUCGAAGGAACCCUGAACUACAGGAGGAAUUGCAGAUUCAGGCUGCGGUGGCUGCCGGGGAUGUUCACACUGUGCGCAAGAUGUUAGAGCAGGGCUACUCUCCAAAUGGGCGAGACGCCAACGGCUGGACCUUGCUCCACUUCUCAGCGGCAAGAGGGAAAGAAAGAUGCGUGCGCGUGUUCCUCGAGCAUGGAGCUGAUCCCACCGUGAAAGACUUAAUUGGAGGUUUUACCGCUCUGCAUUACGCAGCCAUGCACGGCCGGGCCCGGAUCGCACGCCUGAUGCUGGAGUCAGACUACCGUGUCGAUAUUAUUAAUGCAAAGAGCAACGACGGCUGGACACCCCUGCAUGUGGCAGCGCACUACGGCAGAGACUCGUUUGUCCGACUCCUGCUGGAGUUCAAGGCUGAGGUCGACCCGCUCAGCGACAAAGGUACAACGCCGCUCCAGCUAGCCAUUAUCCGUGAAAGGUCUAGCUGUGUCAAGAUCCUCCUCGAUCACAACGCCAACAUCGACAUUCAGAACGGCUUCCUGUUACGCUACGCUGUGAUCAAAAGCAACCACUCCUACUGCCGGAUGUUCCUGCAGAGAGGGGCAGACACAAACUUGGGGCGCUUAGAGGAUGGGCAGACGCCGUUGCACUUGUCCGCUCUUAGGGACGACGUACUGUGUGCACAGAUGUUGUACAAUUAUGGAGCAGAUACUAACACGAGGAACUAUGAAGGACAGACUCCACUGGCUGUUUCGAUAAGUAUUUCCGGAAGCAGCCGACCUUGUUUGGAUUUCCUACAGGAAGUUACAAGGCAACCCAGGAACUUGCAAGAUCUAUGCCGAAUUAAAAUUCGCCAGUGUAUAGGCCUUCAAAAUCUCAAACUACUUGAUGAACUACCGAUUGCCAAGGUCAUGAAAGACUACUUAAAACACAAAUUUGAUGAUAUCUGACUCUUUGCAAAACAAAAAACAAAACAAAACAAGAAGUGGACACUAAGCAAGAUGAGUUUAUAUUCCAGAUACUUUUCAAAGGCUGGUUGCCUUGCACAACGUAUAUCCUAUGCAAUUUCUGAUUUUUUGUUUUUCCCGAGAAGUCAGAAGGCAGGUAUACAAUUCCUUGAUAGGGGAGGGGAGUGUUUAUACCAAAUGCUAGGAGGUCUUAAUUUUUUUUUUUUUUUUAAAUUCCCGGUCCAAGUUUACAAGACCCACGGUUUCUAUACAAUCUUAGAAGUGUAGGGCAUGAGGUUUGGUUUGGUUUUAAGCAUCACUUUUGAAAGUUUUUUUUUAAUUAUUAUUUGCGGGUUUUGAAAUGAAGAAAACAAACACACUCUUGUCCAAAAGAAACUUUCUCUUCAUUCAGUCGUACCCUCCCUCCCCCCCCUUCCCGCCCACGUAGCAUGUGUAAUAAUACUGUGUGAUGGCUGAGCGAAUGCAAAAGAAAGUAAAGAUAAGAAACUGUAAGAGGAGCGAUCCCAUCAACGCUGCUGCUACACAAGCUCCAUUUCAACGGGAGCUUCUGUGGGAAGUCAGCUCUGAGCCCCCUGAAACAAAGAAACUGCAAAAGAUGGUGUUGUCUGGUGAGUUCAGUCUACUAGCUACGCUCCUGUACAAGUCACCUUUAUGAGCAUCUCUUGCCUGUGCCCCAGAAGGGAACCCUCCUGAUUGGAUUGGGAUUCCGUAUUGCCCGUGCAGAGCCUUCCGCAGAAUCAUGAUGCCCCCCCCCCCAAGACUGUGUAACUUGCACUAAAUUCUCUCAAUGCCCGAAACGUGGUGACUUUUGGAAAUGCUGCCACCUUCAGCCUUUUUUUUUUUUUUUUUUAGCACCGGUUGGCACGCUAACAUAAUUAUUGUAGUUUGAAUGUCCGUAUGUCUGACUGUUCCUUUUCGACGCCUGUACAUGGGCUGCUGUUUGUAAUUAAGUUUUAUGCUGCUCAGAUGCCUCGACGGUCUCGCUGUAACUUUUUUUUUUUCCUAUAAAAGCAUUAAGGGAAAACAAAUUUAAUUUCAAAGCACUUGCAUCCUGGUUUUCAUAUACAGCCUCACGUGCAAUCGUGUUUUUUUUUAUUAUUAUAUAUUUUUGCCAUCACACGUGAUUUUUUUAUUUUUUUACACAUUCCUAUCUUGGCCUCAACAUGAUGUUUAGUUACUCUUGCAAUUGCCACUUUGUUUUUUUUUCAAGCUCACUCUUUUUUUUUUAGUGUCCCCGGUUCCCCAAAUUUCAAAGCCAUCUAAAUUUGAACUGUUGUGGUUAACUUCUGAGCUUUGUUGUUUUUUACAAACCUAAUUUCUUUUCUCCUCGAGACCAGUAUCUACAGUUCGGUUUUACUUUGUUAAAGGGGCAUUGCGCGUUUCUUCUCUCACAUUUUCUACUGCUUUUCUGUUGAGCAGGUCUUUCAGCAGACCUCUCUUUCUCUCCACGUCCUCAUAAGAACCACAAGAGAACGGCUCACGGUUCAAAACACUGCAAAUUGCAUAUUUUUCCUGUAGGCAGAUAUGUGUGGAUUUGAACUCUUCGCAGUUCAUGCCCACAGAUAUUUUAAGGCACAGGUUGACCAGCCAUACCCCCAAAAAACAAUAGCAUCCAUAUAAACUACUUCUUGUCUCUCCGAGAGCUCUGUUUGCAACCUCGCUCUUAUCUUCCCCACUCGGAAGAAAGUCAUCACCAAAGCACAGGUGGAAUCUCGCAAAAACCGUAGCUCAUGUGUUUUCACUUUAAAUGGGCACAUGGUUACAAUUACAACACUGGCUGUUAUGGGGAUCCUGGGACUUGAUAGAACCAUUCUUUGGCAGUUGAAAGCAUCACAGAAAUACCGUAUCUGUUGCCCAGAUUGGAGGCAUUUGACCUCUUAUGUUAUCAGUGGCGUUAUCGAGAUGGACCAUGAUUUGACACGAGCUAUGCUUGGGGAGGAAUGUCAUCUUUGUCGCUUGAGUAUUAACUUAUUUCCCCCUUUUUCAAGCACCUUUUUUUACCCCCUUCAUGAAGGAGGAGGAGCAGCAGGGUCAGGAUAGAUUCUGCUUGUUGAUGAGUAAUUUUUUUGUCAGCAUCAGUCAACCCCCUGGCUGCCAACGGCUUACAAGGAAUCGUAGCACCAAGGAUGAUCUUGCUCUAUUGUGCCUCUUGAGUCUCGUCAGCCAGCAAGAGUGGGAAGCUGGGAGAAUAACAGAGCAGGCUAGUCGAAGACUGUAGGUAGCCAGACGCUGAGUAAUAACAACUUUUAAUUAAGGACAACCAGCUCGUAACAAAGUUAAGGGGCAGACCUUUUGAGUUCCCAAGAACUUUUCCUCUGGAUGUUCACUACAAAACGCAAAAAGGAAGGACAGUGGGUCAGGAGAAGAUGAAGAAGAGAAAAAGAUGUUUCUGCCCAGGUGUAGUGUUCUAACCUUGAUCUGACUAAGUCUUUAACACCUCCUGAUCUCAAUUUCAGACUUUGGGCUUUUCCAUCCUGGCCCGAAUCACCUCUUCCUAUUUCUUUACAUUCAUGUAUGUGUUGCAUAUGCAGCAUCUAGCCUGAAGCAGACUUCUGGAGAACCCCGGUCAUUGCUGUGUGACAGUUUGAUCCAAACAGAAACGUGUUACGGGCUUAGUGGCGUCUUUUUUUUCCGCUCCUCAUUAAAGCUACGGUCUACUUGAGCAGUGGCCAGAGAAAAGUAGAAUUAUUCAGAAAAUAGGAGUUGAAAGGCCGCCUCGUCUUCUAGAAUAAAUAUACUUCCCGUUCAUUUUCGGAUCUUGCGAUGGGGAGCUCUGCCAAGCAAGUCUUAUUUCAUUUCCAGGGUUAUGUUGAAUGCAAAGGUUUUGCAAGACUUCUUCAUGAUGGGGCCCCAGUUCCAUAGCGAAGAGCUGCACCCCGCCUUAAAUCUUCAGAGAGCCCUCCGAUGGCCAAUCUUUCCUGGGUUUAGGUUCUUCAGAGUCGAAAGCUCCAGUCCAGGAGGGGUGGGUGGGAAUGUUAGUCUUACUUAAGUGCGGUGACUUGGCAGUAAGGCUGCAGGUCCAGUCCUAGUUUGGCUGACUACAGAAGUCAGCCCUUUCGUCGCCUGCGGUGAUGCAUUUUUAACAGCCUAGUUGUGUCUGCUGGUUCAGGGCUUCAUUGUAAGGUGCGUUUUAUCCUGUCUCGCUGCUGCAACUUCAGACAAAGGAAAAGUUAUGAAAUGUCUUGCUGGUUACAGAAGUGCUAUUUAAUGAAAUGUAUAAUUCCAUUAUUUAUUUGUUCCGAGGUUUGUUUGGGUCCCCCCCCCUCCCUUAUUUUAAUGUCCGAGACGCUUAAAUGAAGUACAUCUUAGGCCAUAUGUUGAGAUUUUUUUGACUCCCUUCAACCCACGUUGUGAUCCUCCCCUACUGUAAAGCUGUAUCUGCGGAUUUCAGGCAAUGGGUCAUGUCUGUGUCAAGGUCCCCUUUUGCAGAAAGUUAAGCACUUGAUUUAUUAAAUAACUGGCCAGAGUUUUGCUCUCUUUUUAUAAUGUCCGGGGGAUGCCAUAGCUUCCAUACCGUGUCAAAUUGGUGCUGAAAGACAGGAGUGUGUAGCAUGUGCAAUCCACAUGGUUCCCCAUCAGGUUGGGGGUUAUAUUGAAUCCACGCAUGGUAGAUGUGCACCUAUGUGAACAAAUAACUUCUUUAUUGGAUUGGGGGAAAAAAAUCAGAAGGAAAUGAUGUUGCUGUAUUUUAAUUUUACAGUUAGGAAAUGGUUGGGAAUUUUCCAUUAAAAUGUGGGUUUGAUUUUUUUUUCUUUUUUAAAGAUAAAGUACUGUGUCCCAGUCCUGCUACCGCAGCUUGAAUAUUUGUUAGCUUUUAAUUUUAGCUUUUUUAAAAAAAUAAAUAAAUUGGCAAAUGCACCAAAGAAACAGACAAGAUUAUGAUGGUUCGCAAACCACAAACCUCAUUCUUUAAAAAAAAAAAAAAAAACAGAGUUUUGUAAAUAUUUCUGUUUUAUAAAUGUACAGCAGAGUAA